AUGGCUCGACCUGAGAAGUCGCGACCUCAGGAUGCCUCAUCCCUGCCCCUGGCUGAUUAUUUCUGGAUUGCCGGCGUUGAUAGCCAGCAACUUCUAGAUGCCUACAAGCCAGUCCGCUGGUCGUAUGAUGAGCACGAAUCCUUCACCAAUGGCAGCGACAAUACUGCCGACCAAACCAUCCAGGAGGACGUUGAUGCUGAACAAGCCGCUGCCGCCCCAACUGCCUUGGUGUCGCCAAGCACCAAAAAGCACACCAGGAAAGAUUCCUACCAGCGACUUUCAGACUUGUCCGGAGAGGCUAGAGAUUCCAUCUUGGCCCUAGAGAAUGGAUCUGGCUUGCGAAGCAACCGGAGCAGUGCGACCAUCAAGGCGUCCCCUACUCCAGCUACCAAUGGCAACCGCGAGUCCACUGCCAUUAGCGACCGCGACUUUGAAAACGCCAUGCAGAAGUUCACUAUGGAUCGAGAAUCAUUUUUUCUCGACCUCAACUUCGCAGAUGGCAGCAAGACUAGAUCACGAGCCUCCCGUACAAAGCCGCGAACUCAGAAGAUCGUUCCUCAGGAUCUCGAACCGAUGCCAAAUGGCCCCAGCCGUCAUUUUGGAAGUGUCAGGCGGCAUUUGUCUUUCAAGGAAAUGUCGAGCACCAAACGGCAGCCUUCAAUGGCUCACCGUACCUCAACGCGGACAUCAAGACGAGUCAGCAGCUACAACUCUGUCGUACCAAACCCCGAAGCUCUUCGCUCUUCGCCAGCCCAGCAUCCUCUCCAACGCAAGUUCGAACCCGUCCUGCUCGACAAAUAUCCACGAUCCAGCAUGACUGAAGAAAUGUCCAAACGCAACAAACUGCCCGAGUAUCUACCUAUGUUCGCCUUUCCCAAUGACAUCAACAUUGUAUCGUCCGACUCUCGGCCCCCUUCAACAUGGCACGAAUUCUGUAUGACCGCUGGAGACAAUUCGAAAAUACCGGCAAUUUGUGUCAUAGUCUACAUUCCGCUGAAGCAAAACACUGCCGACGAGCUGGAGAAGCGAUGUGAGGAGUGGCGACGGGCCAAUAUGACCGACGCUGAAAGAGAAAUGGCCUCCUCUCUUGCUGAGCGAUUGGCUGCCGAGCGCGCGAAAUUGUCCCGGCUGCUCGCGCAGUUGCCCUCGACAACUGGUGACGACCGAGAAGAACUGGAAGAAGAGAUCAGUGUUGUAGAGGAGCGAAUAGCAGUAAUGGCAGAUAUGCUGAAACCUCUGAGGCAUGGCGCAGCUAACAGGAUUGAUGGCUUGACAGACGGCGAUUCUGGACUGUGGAUUCCCAGGGCAUUCGGGAUACUCGGCAGAGAUCCAGCCAUGAGCCCCUUCUGGAGACAGUGGCUUCGUGCCAUCGCUGUCCCAAUGCAUGACGGCACCAUAUUGCGCGUACCCGCAAGCUCGCCUCGAGUGGGUAUGUGGCAGCCGUUGGAACGCUACGUCCACGUGCUGUGCUGUGACGCUCCCAGCCCGUCUUCGUCAAAGACCCAGAUUGACGUCGCCAUCAGAGAGCUGCAUCUCUACGCAAAAAAGGAGGCUACCAACGAGCUUCCCGGGGCACGCACCACCGAUCUAUAUCCGCUCUUUCGAGCUCUGACAAUCCCUAACAUCAUCGUAUUGCUGGAAUACGUCUUGGCCGAGUCGAGGAUUAUCCUACUCUCAUCCCAUACCGCCAUGCUGCAGUUGGUCAGCAGGGCCAUCCUCGAACUGAUCUGGCCUUUCAAGUGGGCUGGCGUCUACAUCCCCGUGCUACCGAAUCGCCUAGUACAGGCUUUGGAAGCCCCUUGUCCAUACAUCUGCGGUAUCGACAGAAGCUACGAGAAAUGGGACCUACCCGAGGAUGACUUCGUGCUGGUGGAUCUCGACAAGAACGAGCUGCAGAGCACUGCACAUCCUCCAGCCCUGCCGAAACAAAUCCGGCGAAAGCUGAUGUCGCUCCUCCACCUCGCAGCACCGCACCAUCACAGCUUUGGCGUCCCUCCUGGGCCCCCGGCCUAUGCAGUGGAAACGUACCCUUACAAUUCCUUCGCCGCCGACCAGCCCUCUGUCUUCACUGCAAUCGCACAGUCUACCAACCUCGCAAAACUCGUCAGCCUCAGCUCCACCAUGUUCGGCCCUCAAGCCGCCACUGACACCAUCCGCCGCGCCCCCAUCCUCAACGCCUUCCUCGCCAACGGGCCCACUCGAGGCAAAAGCUUCGACCGACCAGGAACCUCAUCCACCGCUCGGCAACCCAGCCAGCCCGAUUCUUCUUCCCCCGUCAACAGCAAUUUCCCACCUCCGCCUCUCACACCCGUCUCCCGCAACGACUCCGGCUACGCUCUGCAGACAUCACUACGCGAGAAGCGCUCGGGUCACUUCGACAGCUACUCGAAGCGCAACCCUUCCAUCUCGGGGCUCAGCACGCACCUGCCCAACAUGCGGCGGAAAGCCUCUCUCCCCUUCAACAACUCCCCCGUUUCCAAGCACGGCUCCUCGCCCAGCACCGCCUCCAUCACGCCCAACGAUUUUUCCCGCCCGUAUGCUCAGCCCAGCACCUACGCGCCCAGCACCUACGCCCAAUCCACGCUCGCCGCCAGCACCAUCAUGCCCGGCAUGCACGUGCAGCCGGCGCAGAAUUCGGCCACUGCGCAGUGGGUCGAAGGCCACCAGCUGGCGUACCGUGCGCACGAGGGCCCGUCGACCUGCGUGCUCUGCGACGAGAAGGCGCAGGACGGAUACUUCCGCUGCACGGGCUGCGGGUUCGUGGUGCACGGCGCUUGUGCCGGCCAGAUCAGCGUCGUGUGUCCCGCGGCGUUCUACCCCGACCAGGUCCGCGCCGCGUUCGUGCGCUGUUUCGCCGCCCUGGUAUAUACAUAUCGGCGGCACUUGCUGCCUGUGGCGCCCGGGAAGAGUGCUGGUACGACUGGGAGGAGGAAGGGGACCGAGCCGGAUCCUUCUCUGUACGAGUUCGACCUCAAGGGCUUCGUCAAGGGGUUGGAGCGCGAUCACGGCGCGUUUGUCGAGGGCUGGAGCCAGACGAUGGCGUGGGUCGAAUGGGUGGGCGAGCGAGAACGCAAUCCCAAGAGCCUGAGCGACGAGGAGAGGGCGCGCGUGCAGUUGUUCGACGCCAUCAUCCUGGCCAAAGCCCGGAGGGGCGGCAAGGCGCGCUGGGGCAUGGGAAGCAUGGGCAUGCGGCACCCCAGCAUGCCGAAUCUAGGCAGUAGUGGGCCAUCGGGUAGCAGCGGUCGCGGCGUGUUCGGCAGUCGCAGCACCAGCGGCUCCGGUGCCUCGGCCACGGCGCCCGGCGCGGAUGUCCUCAACGACACGAGCAACCAUCAGUGGCGACCCGUCGCUGCGCCGGGUGCCAGCAGCGAGAGGCCCGAUAUCCCGCCUGCGGCCGCCAAGGGCCGCGAGUAUCGGCAGAUCACGAGCCGCGUGCCCGCGAAUCUCGAGGAAGGUCUGUUCAGGACUGGUGAGAAGGAGGCCGUUGGUGGCGGCAGGAAGGGCGCGAGCAGGGUGCCCAGCCUGCCGAAGCUGAAUGGCAAUUGGAAGGAGGCCUGGCAGGAGGGCAGUGGUAGUGGAGGUGGUGCUGGCGGGACGACGUGGGGCAGGUCCGGGCCCUCCAGGCACGAGAGAAUGCCGACCGAGGGCAGCGUGGGGAGCCCCAAGAGUCCGAGGAGUGGGGGAAUGCUCGGGCGCGCGGCUGAUGACGAGGGGCAGCGGUCCACGGGUGUGGUGGAACGGUUGCGUACGCCUCAGAGUCCCGGGUUGGCGAGGGGGUUGAAUGGCUUGGGCAUGCAUAGUCCAAAGGACUGA